AGCGGCUUUCCCGAUUGAAGAUAUUCGAGCUGCUUGAAUGUGAAGCUGUCAACACACGAAGAUGGACAUGUCAACGAGUUAAGUAUGCCAUCACUUCGGAAUCAUGACAAGCACGAACAUGGCAGGUUCGGAGGAUGAGUCCGAGUGGGAGUACGAGUACGACACGAACGUGACCGACGACUUUUACGUGACCAUCGAUUUGACAACACACAUUCCACCAGCUCUUGCCAGAGACAGACGCGCAAAAGCCCAGAAGACGACUACCCGCGGCUCCAACAAGAGUCUUGCCAAUGCGCCUGGUACUGGCAAUGAGUCUGGCACGAAAGACGGUGCGACUCAGAACGAUGACGGACAAGACGCCGACACAACCACAGAGCGCAUGCAGAUAGUCGGACUACACGACAGGAACCCCAUUAUCUCCUACAACAACGCCAUCUACUCGUGUCAAUGGGCCACCGAUCUAGCCACUCAGAUCUUUCUUACACCUCCACCUAGCGAUUUCGACCCCGACUACGUAGCCCUCCGAUCCACCCCAUCCUACGACGUCCUAGGCACGAGUGCUGCGCGCGUUGUCGCCAUACCUGCCAGCAUACAACCUCGAGUUGCCGCUGUCCCGAAUGCUGCGAAGGCCGCCACAACAAGUGCAGAGACCACCUACACAACAGCCGAGGGCGAUGUGAUCGAGCAUACCACAGCCCAAGGCCUACGUAUCAGCCUCCCAUCCACCGCCAGCGCCCAACGAACAAGUCAAGCCAAAUUUCUGGAAGCUCUCUCAGCCAUCAAGUCUCGCCGCGGCGACCAGGAUGCCGUCCCAGUUACAAACAUCAAAGUCUACCAUCCGCCAGAGGGCUGGGAGGAAGAGCGCGCAGACUAUAUAGAAAAGGAAAGCGCGCGUAGCAAAAAGGACAAGGCAGAGGCGGCUGCGCGCGCAAAGAGAGAAAAGGCAGAGCAAACGGCACGUCUCACCAGGCUCAAUAGACGUCCUGCAUAUGCCCGGCCAAAUCCUGACGAGGAGGCCGAAGAGGAUGGCAGCGGAGAUGAGAACGAAGACGAUACAAACAAGGAUGGGGAUGCCGAUGGGAACAAGCUGGUCACACGUAAGAGAAGGACAUUGGCAAGAGGUGGCAGUCGCGGAGGUGCACCUAGCGGCAAGAGAUUGCGCCAGAGCUUGGGUCUGCCCGAAGCUAGACGUGAUGCAAGACCCAAGGGUCGUCCACGCAAGAAGAGAAAAUUGGCCGAGGUGCCUGAAGAUAUACCUGGAGAGGCAACUGAAGACACUACUGCCGAAGCCAUCUCUGCUGUUUCAGCAGGACCUAGUCGAGAUGGCACGAGCGCUCAGGCUGAGCAGGAAGACACGAACAUGACAGAAGGAGGCGCUAUACACGAUGAUGGCAGUGCCACACAAAACGACUAGCGAUACCCGUGCUGUACAAUGCUUUACUUUCCUACAAUACCAAAAAUGCAAAAAUGUUCACAAUCACUCUGGCUGUACCGUAAGUUCUCUGAUAC